GUACUAGGCAGAGAUGUGGACGCGUCCCUUGUAGAUAAUGAAGGGCGGGGUCGCGUACCCAGCAGCGCAGAUGCUCUAGAUAACUGUAACCUACUUGCGAUCGCCUGGCUGAACAAGCGCAGGUUGGGCGCGUCUCUCUGCACCUGUGACGACCUUUAUAGAGCUAAUCACGCCUAUCUAGAAGCUAGUCUUAUCAAAGUUGUGCACGUUGUUAUUGUGGACGCUAUACUU